AUGGGGAUCAUCAAGAUUUCAAUGAUCUCAUUCAUCCUAAUCUCCCUCCUCUACUCCUUCCUCUACAUCCCGGCCACCAACCUCUCUUCUCCACCCACCGCAUCCCCUGCCGCCGCAGCCAACAAAAACAUCCUCCGCGGCACUUAUCCCGUCAAAUUCGCCUACUUGAUCUCCGCAUCCAGAGGGGACUCCAGAAAACUGAUGCGGCUCCUCAAGGCCCUAUACCAUCCGGGCAACUACUACCUCGUCCAUUUGGACUCCGCCGCUCCCCCGGAAGAGCACGGCCGACUGUCGGAGUUCAUCGCCGGCGAGCCCGUUUUCAGAGCAAUGGGGAAUGUUUGGAUGGUCGGGAACCCCAAUCUGGUGACUUACAGAGGGCCCACCAUGCUGGCGACUACCCUCCACGCCAUGGCGAUUCUUCUUCGGGCUGCCAACUGGGAUUGGUUCAUUAAUCUCAGUGCCUCCGAUUACCCUUUGGUUACUCAAGAUGAUCUGAUUGAUGCAUUUUCUGGGUUGCCGAGAAAUCUCAACUUCGUACAGCAUAGCAGUCGCUUGGGCUGGAAACUGAAUAAGAGAGCUAAGCCCAUAAUAAUAGACCCAGGGUUGUACAGCAACAACAAAUCAGAGAUCUGGUGGGUGAUUAAACAAAGGCCCAUCCCCACUGCCUUCAAGCUCUACACAGGUUCAGCUUGGACGAUCCUAUCAAGAUCAUUCGCGGAGUACAGCAUUGUAGGAUACGAGAACCUGCCCAGAACUCUCCUCCUCUACUACACAAACUUUGUGUCUUCGCCAGAGGGCUACUUCCAAACCCUUAUAUGCAACUCGCCGGAGUUCAGGAAUACAACGGCUAACCAUGACCUCCACUACAUUACUUGGGACAACCCACCCAGGCAGCACCCUAGGUACCUCACCCUCAAGGACUAUCGACGAAUGAUCCUUAGCGCCCGCCCAUUCGCUCGCAAGUUCAAGCGCAACGACCAGGUCCUUGACAAGAUCGACCGUGAGUUGCUCAGGAGGUCUCACAACAAUGGCAAUUUUGGGUAUGGAGGGUGGUGUUUGGAGGGUGGUAGGGGUAGUGUUGGAGGGAAGAGGAAGAGGAGGAAUGGUAAUGGAGGGUGUCCUAGUAUGGUGGAUGUCGAUAGGAUUAAGUAUGGGCCUUUGGCUCCUGGGCCGGGCUCCAGGAGAUUGAGAAGCCUGAUCAGUAAAUUAGUAUCGGAUAACACUUUUGUGAAACGACAAUGUAGAUGA